AUGGACACAGACACAGGCAUGCACCAAAACCAACACAACAACCAACAGUUCAAAAUCCAGCACAACAACCAACAGUUCAAAACACUGCACCACAACCAAAACCAGCACAACAACCACCUCCACAACCAGCACAGCAACCAACAGUUCAAAACCCUGCACAACAACAACCACAAACAGAGCAAGGACAUAAAAGAAGUAGAGAACAAGGAAACCAAGAAUUCUUAA